CGCUGGCAACCUCAUACCAGAAACAUUGCUCAAUACUACGCUCUCCUCCACCACACACUUCUGCAUUUUUUCCGGGGCGCCAGGCAUUGGCACUGAUUUCCACCAUGCUACAACAGCCAUCGUCGCGCAUAUUGGCCUCAUUCUCUCGUUGCUCGUCUCGCGCCUUCACAGCUCCAGUUGCUGCGUCACUGCGAUGUCGGAGUCAGCGCGCAUACAGCAUCCACGCCGAUGCUUCUGUAGGAACUUCGAUCAAAGACAUCGAUCCUUCUAAGCUCACCAUCACUAAAACCACAACUCCCAAGACGUUACUCCCUCCGGAAGAAUUGAUCUUUGGCCGCAACUUCACAGAUCAUAUGCUCUCGCUCGAAUGGACGGCUUCAGAAGGAUGGCUACCGGGUCGCAUCACUCCAUACCAAAAUCUCAGUCUCGACCCCGCGACCUGCGUGUUCCACUACGCGUUCGAAUGCUUCGAGGGAAUGAAAGCGUACAAGAACAAGGAUGGGUCUAUUCGGUUAUUCAGACCGGAAAAGAACAUGGCGAGACUGAACAAAUCGUCUGCCCGGAUCGCUCUGCCUACCUUCGACGGAGACGCCUUAACCGAUCUCAUCGGCAAGUUUGUGAAGCUCGAUGAGCGGUUCAUUCCAGAUCAGCGUGGUUAUUCAUUAUAUCUCCGGCCCACCAUCAUUGGCACUCAGCGCACACUUGGCGUUGGCCCACCUGCUUCCGCUCUUCUCUACGUAAUCGCGUCUCCGGUUGGUCCAUACUUUCCAGCCGGUUUCAAAGCAGUAUCCUUGGAGGCAACUGACUACGCUGUGCGCGCAUGGCCUGGUGGCGUUGGAGACAAAAAGUUGGGAGCCAACUACGCACCCUGCAUUGUGCCUCAGAUGCAAGCAGCGAGCAGAGGGUUCCACCAAAACCUAUGGCUUUUUGGUGAGGAGGAAUACGUAACCGAGGUAGGCACUAUGAAUCUGUUCGCCGCUAUCAAGAACAAGCAGACUGGUCAGCCGGAGCUGUUGACUGCCCCGCUUGACGGAACCAUUCUCGAGGGUGUCACUAGGGACUCUGUACUCGGCCUUGCGCGUGAGAGACUUGAGCCCAAAGGCUGGAAAGUCGACGAGCGCAAAUUCACCAUGAAGGAUCUCGCCGACGCUGCUGACGAAGGUCGCAUGAUGGAGGUAUUCGGUACCGGCACCGCCGCCAUUGUCAGCCCUGUUCGUCGUAUCAGCUGGAAAGGGCGUCUCGUAGAGUGCGGGCUCGAUGAGAAGAUCGAAGCUGGGCCUAUUGCACAGCAGAUGAAAGACUGGAUGGAAGGUAUCCAGUAUGGCGACGAGGAGCAUGCUUGGAGGUACGUUCCCACUAUAACAUGAACUGGACCCAACUAACACGAGGCAGUUACAAAGUUCCUGCAUAGAAAUGUAGGCUGUAUAUAAUGGCACGUCUAACAAAAGAGCGACAAUACAACAGAUCCGAAUUGAAUUGAGCAGAGCAUUGGUGAUGUCGAUGGUGUGCCCGUAUUCCCAUAUGUAUGUACC